AUGUCGUGGGUAACGGGAGCAUCUCUCGGACGCAAACCAAGGGACGCUACCCGGUGGACUGCGAUAUUCAGCUUCACUCAGACGGAUCACUUGUGGGUGCUAUGCCUAGCAGUCUUCUUUGCAGUGUGUUCUGCUCUUGUCCAGCCUGUUGUCGCGAUCUUCAUCGGAAAUUUUGCCGAUGGUCUCACACAAUUUGGCGGCGGGCUGAUAGAGUCUGACACCCUCCACAAACGAACGAAUCCUAGCUUCUAUGGCUUUAUUGGACUCGGCUUCUGUACACUUCUCACCAAUGCAGGGAUGUUUACGACUUGGGUAGUCUUUGGCGAGCUGCAAGCCAAAGCCGUUCGUGAAGAGCUCUUUCGAAGCCUCUUGAAAAAAGACCUGGAAUGGUUCGAAAUGAGAGAACAUGGUGUUGCGUCCCUAUUGACCCGGCUUCAAUCCCAAAUCCGGGAGAUGCAACUCGGCACUUCGCAGCCCUUCAGCUUCCUCUUGCAGGGUAUGAUCCAAGGACUCGUGGCGUUUGGCAUCGCCAUCUAUCACAGCUGGAAAGUGACCUUGACCGUGCUAGCCAUCGUUCCUGUUUCUGGAGCAGCUCUUUAUCUACUUGGUCGAGGUCUCCAACGUCAUAUUGCAUCCCAGGAUCAUUUCCUCGCCGAAGCGACUAAGAUUGCUCACAAUGCUUUCAUCAACAUCGCGCUAGUCAAAUGUUUCAACGCCCAGUCAAUUGAGACUACGCGAUAUGUUGCCGUAAUUCGCAAAGCAGCCACCUAUUCCUUGAAACAAGCGAACAUCGUAGCUCUUCAAACAGGCUCUCUCGGGUUCUUCUUCUUCGUCAUGUUCUUGCUCGGUUUCUGGUACGGCAACAAGUUGGUCCAUGAUGGCGACUAUUCUACUGGGCAGGUCACGACUGCGAUAUGGGCGACGUUCAUGUCGGUUCAGGGCUUUCAAAGCGUGUUCCCACAUGUCAUUGUUCUUGUUAAAGGGCAUGCUGCUGCAAGCGCUGUGCGUGCCCUCAUCGAUACAGUUGAGAAGGGGCGUCUCCUCCAUCGCAAGAUCGAUGGUGCUUCACCAGUGCUGUGCGAGGGUCAUAUCAAGUUGCGACAGGUCUCAUUUGCAUACCCUUCUCGACCAGAUCAGCUAGUUCUAUUCAAAUCAGACUUUGACUUUUGUGCUGGUCGAACUACGUUCAUCGUCGGCAAGUCUGGAUCUGGAAAAAGCACCUUAAGCAAUCUUAUCAUGCGAUUUUAUUUUCCUCUCACGGGAACCAUCUCUAUUGACGGUCAUGACCUUGAGGACCUUGAUACCAGUUGGCUGAGAAACAACAUCACUUGUGUGCAGCAGGGGACGUCUCUCUUUGAUGAAACACUCCGAGUCAAUAUUGCUUUGGGCCACCGCUAUCAUGAACGCGUCAAAGCUGUUGAGAUCGAUGACUGUGUCAGACUUGCAGCAUUAGAAGACACUAUUGCUGAGCUGCCGUACGGCAUGGAUACACAGGUCGGUGUGGGCGGCUCUGCGCUAUCAGGCGGACAAAGCCAACGUGUCGCGAUCGCAAGAGCACGUCUAAGAGAUACACCAAUACUCAUACUCGACGAAUCUACCAGUGCUCUAGACAAUGCGAGCAGAGUCAGUGUUAUCGACGGAAUCCGGAAGUGGAGAGAUGGUUUGACUUCAAUUAUUAUUACCCACGAUCUGACACAGAUACGCGAUCAAGACUUCGUCUACAUUAUGGACCAUGGCCAUAUCAUACGAAAAGGACCUCGGAGUGAAGUAUGUAACGCUGCACGGACAUAUCGUGAUCCUUUGAACACAACAACAGCUCCAGCAUUGGACAAAGUUCAACCCAUAGCUAAAGGUGAUGUUACAAGCAGGAGCCGGCCUCCCAAUCGACCACCGAAUUUGCGCUGGAGGAAAGAUGGCAACAUGCUCCGCGCAUCGUUCGAAGAACAACUCCGUGGUCUCGAUGUUGGAGACUACCUGCUAUCCCCCAAAGCCCUUCUCGGCGCUGCCCGGAUUGCUUCGGCUUUUCAGGAUCAACCUACCCUAAGCCGAAGCUCGAACCAUGCAGCAUACCGGCACUCGCAGUUUAUCAGUGUGGUGAAUCCUUGUGACGAGGCCUUGCCACUGCCGGAACAGACCGAGCAGAGAAAUGUCGGGGGAACUGAAAUUGCUCUUAGACCUCUGAGUCUCGCUCCGAACCGCGCGUCUGAAGUUGCUCGGCCCAGGCCAGGGAACACCAGACCUCUGCCGUCUCCACGUGUGCUAGAGAAGUCCAAAGCUCAAUUUCGUGCCAGGUUUGGUGGACCUACCUUCAGUCUCGUAGAGGACAAAUCCCCGCAGAUGUCACUCCAGUCGAUUCUCGGGACACUCUGGUCGAGCCUGGACCGAAGUCAUCGCAUCAAACUUCUGACCGGACUUUCAGCUGUUUGUUGCCGUGCUGCUCUACCGUCACUGCUUGCGUACAUUAUGAGCAAGAUGUUUGCCAUAUUCUACCAGCAGGAAGGCUACAAACAAGCGUCAACGAAAUGGGCCAUGGUACAGCUCGUGGUCGGUUUCACGGACGCUGCAACAGCUUUCAUCGCCCAUUAUAUGCUUGAAGGCGCCGCUCGUCGCUGGGUAGGUCGACUGCGAGCUGAAGCUGUACGGCGGGUCAUGGAACAGCCGAAGCCCUGGUUCGAACAUGACAGCAAUUCGGCGUCUAGCCUCUCUCUGGUCUUAGACCGUGAUGCAGAAGAGAUGCGAGCGCUGCUCUGUCGCUUUGUGUCACUGACGAUCAGCGUGGUUCUUAUGUUGUGCGUCGCUAUCAUAUGGUCGUUUGUCUCAUGCUGGAGACUGACUCUGGUCGGCCUGGCAGCUACGCCGGUCAUCUACGGUUUAGCAAAGGGCUUCAACGUGAUAUCUGAAGUAUGGGAGGGCCGUGUCAAUACUGCAGCUGAAGCUGUUGGUAAGGUCUUCGUUGAGACCUUUACAGACAUUCGCACUGUGAGGUCCCUGACCCUCGAAUCGUAUUUUCAUCGAAAGUAUUCCCGGGCGACGAAAUCGGCUUUUGCGACCGGUCGUCUGCGCGCCUUAUAUACAGGCUUGCUCUAUGGACUCUCCGAAAGCACCAUCACUUUCACCAUUGCGGUCAUACUCUGGUAUGCUAUUCGACUAGCUUCAAGUUAUGAUCUUGGAGUUGCUCCGAUCAUCACAUCGAUUUGUUUGCUCAUCCUCGCGUCUGGUCCAGCAAAUGUCAUAUUUGGGAUCAUCCCCCAAACUGCAGCUGCAGUUGAUUCGGCAACAAGACUUAUUCGGCUGACUCGACUUGCACUAAAGAACGAGCACGAGCAUGGCGGCCAAGAUCGACUGCGAGAGCCCUCUGGCAGUUUGUCCAUGGCAAUUUGCUUCAACAGUCUUACCUUCGCCUACCCGUCCAGAUCGAUGAUGCCCACUUUAAGUAAUUUGACCUUGUCGAUCAAACAUGGUGAGUGCGUUGCCAUUGCUGGGCGCUCGGGAAGCGGUAAAAGCACCAUCGCGUACCUACUAUCGGGCUUGUACCGAACUAGUGUGGGAGAUCCUGGUGUUGGGCCUUCAAUAACCAUCUUCGGACAAGACAUGCGCUCACUUGAGCUUUCAACCCUUCGCACGAAGGUGGCAGUCGUGCCUCAGCACCCCGUCGUUUUCCCAGGCACUGUAUGGGAAAACAUUUGCUACGGUCUGGAAGCCCACACUAGGCUGGCAACUAUUCAGAACGUCAACUGGGCUGCGACGCAGGCCGCGAUCCACGACUUCAUCCUCUCAUUGCCGCUUCAGUAUGACACGGUCAUUGGCGAAGGUGGACUUGGCGUCUCUGGCGGACAAGCACAGCGCAUCACACUUGCUCGUGCUCUUGUCAGACGCCCCAGGAUACUGGUCCUCGAUGAAGUGACUUCGGCUCUCGACGCGGAGAGCGCUGACCUAAUUCGAUCAAGUUUACGGACCAUACUGCGCGAGUCUCGUCACGGUACUGGCGAAGAAAGCAUGACUAUACUGGUGAUCACACAUGCGCGAGAGAUGAUGGAGUUCGCGGAUAGAGUGGUAUUGCUCGAGGGAGGAAGUGUGGCUGAGGAGGGGCCUUUCGCCGAGCUGAUGGUAAGAGGAGGAAUGCUUCGUGAGGUGCUGGCGCCUAGCACCGAGUAA